AUGAGUAUUUAUCCACCGUCAGAAACCAACUGGAAUAACACGAAAAAACACACGAUUUUAUCGAACGGAGAGUAUUCAUCUCCAACGAAACGAUCACGUCCAUCACUUUCGCAAAGAUUGGGUCUUGCAGAUGAUUCCGAUCAAUCAGAUGGUGAACCAUACAGUCCAUCAGAUCAGAAUUCUCUCGAAGCACAACAAAGAAUUAUUCGUCAACCACAAGCAUCACUCAGAGAAUCCACACUAAUAUCAGCUAGACAAUCUUCAAAAGAAAUUCUCGAAUUACUUAAAGAUGAUGACGAAGACGAAGAAGAAGAUGAACCGGAUGAAGCAUACAGUCCAUCUCAAUUGGAUCCGAUAACUAUGGAUGAAGUUAGUGAUCAAUUAAAAAAUGUAAACGAAUCGAUAUCAGCUGUUCGUACUUCUCAACCAGCUACUUAUACUCCUCCAUCGUCAUCAAACACUCUUCAACAAGAUGUGGAUUAUCGAGAAAAGAAGAAAUCAAAUGAUAAUGCAGUAAAAUCUGACUCAAAUCCAAGUCCCUGUCGUAUGAUUCCAAUUCAUGGUGAAUGUUCAGGUGUUGAUCCUCGUCUUCGAAUUCAUUCAGCACGUCUUCGCGCUAAAGUUCGUCAGUUAGUUUUAGAACGUCUUCCUAACAAUGAUUUGUAUGAUCGUAAUGAAGUUCUCGAAGAACUUGAUCAUUUAGUUGAAUCACACGGACGAAGACUUUAUUGGUAUCGAGUUAUUUGUUUUCUACAAAAUAUUUCGUUAACCAACAACACUCCCAAGCAAAUUCAUUAUUAUUUAAAAGAAGUCUCCAAAUUACUUGUAUUAACACCAACAUUAUCAAAAAUUCUGAAAAUUAAACAGAAAUAUCCCAAGCCAAUACCAAUUGAUGCAACAAAUGGUCAAACAAUAACUGAUCCACGAUCAGGAACAUUUACGACGAAUAAAGCUCAUCUUAAACUUCUUCGAUACAAAUGA